AUGGACGCAAGGCCCCGCGCAGACUCAGCGAUAUGCCUGCCAGCAGCAGCAGCAGCAGCAGCCGCCGCCGCUGCAGAGGGCUUCUUUGCGCGGCAGGGGCUCCCCGUCUCGGCACGGGAGCAGUGCGACGACGACACUCCCGCUGCUCGGACCAGUAUCCAGGACAGCAACGAGCCUGGGCGUCAUCUCACAGAGGCUCGCGAUGCCGACCACGAUGCAGAUCAUGGGGAUGGUGGCAUGGUCAUCCAGUUCCGCCCGCGGGCCCAUGCCAUAGACACCGAGGUGGCCGCCGUAGCCUGCUCUGUUUACGGACGACUAGCACCAAGGACGCAGAAGAUUGGCGAGCUCGGCGAGCUCGAGCUUGUCGUGUACGCGCUCCACCGGAUCAUUGGUGUUUCAUUGCUGGACUCUCGGAUCACCGCCGGUGCGCCGCCGCCGCCAUCCUCAACGGGAGUCUCGUCUCUUGCACCACCGCAACGAGAUGCGCAACUUUUGGUUGACCAGCCGCAGGGCUCGGCGCAGAGAGAACGGCUGGUGCGAGACUUUGCCCGCUUCCACGCCACGGGCUUCAAGGACGCCAUCGCCACUUCCACAACGACGAGUGAGACGACAAAGUCGACGACGAAAGCGCCUCCGCGGCGUGGUCUCGUGGGAGCCUCGCUCCGCUCCCGCUUGCAGACGAUGCAUGCCUCCCUCCCGCAGCGGCUCAAGCCCUUCGUCGUCUCCGCGCUGGACAGUCUCGAGGCCAUCGAGUCCGCGCUGCCCUGGGUGCUCACCCACGGCGACCUCCUGCCCGCGAACAUCAUGGUCGACCCGGCGACCGGCGCGCUGGCGGGGCUCAUAGACUGGGCCGAGGCAGAGCACCUCCCGUUCGGCGUGGGCAUGUACGGGCUCGAGGAACUUCUCGGCGAGCAGCAGGUACAAGGACAGGAGCAGCAGCAGGAGCAAGCCAUCGAGGACCAACAACAAGGAGACGGCACGAGAUGCGGGGGAGACGCGGCAACGAAGAUGAAGAAGGAGGAGAAGAAGACGAAGACGGAGACGAGGAGAUUCAUAUACUGCCCAGACGCCCGGCGCCUGCGGAGGAUGUUCUGGGAUGAGCUCACCCUUCUCUGCCCCGAGCUCGUGGCCGACGAGACGCAGGAGGGGCAGAAACAGAUGCCGCUGCUGCCGCUCGUCAAGAAAGCACAGGACCUGGGCGUGCUGCUCUGGCACGGCAUCGCCUUUGACGACGGCGCCCUGGACCGCGGCUGCGCAGAGGGCAGGGACGACGAGGAGAUUGCCAAGCUCGAUGCCUUCUUCUUCUUCAUCCCCCCCUCCUCCUCCUUGCCUUCUCCCUCUAUCGCAGAACCCCCAUCAGCCUCUCCAACAUCGCCAUCACUUACUUCUUCCCCAUCCUCGUCACCGUCAGCUGCCGUGCUAGCGGGACGGCGCCGCGCAGGCGCAGAAGAGCAGGGCGCAGCGGCGGUCCCGUUUCCGAGUAACGCAACUAGAUAUCCCGACGCGCAUGGGGCCUUGCGCAGGCUGCUGGGACGGUCUCUGAGGCUUUGGCGGUCCAUGAGAUUUACAUCGCCAGCUGGUGGUGGGUCGUGA